UUCAAUUCGAAUGUGAAUGUCAGGCUUGAUGCUGGGACAAACCGUCACGAGUGGUCCCUCCAAAGCACGCCCGCUGUUGUGUUCGGUGGUUCCUGCUGCUGCUGUGCAGCAUAUGGCUCAGCACAGCAUGUCGGAUUCGAUCGCCAAACCUCAAGCAGCCAUUCUUGCACUGAGCGCUCUGAGCCUUGCAGGGAGCAUGCUCUUUCUCCUUCGAAACCCUCCUCCGACACCAUUCGCAGAUCGUCUGUCCAAGCUGGACCCAAAAGAAACGAGCAUAGACAAUGAUUUCUACGACGAUUAUUUCGAAUCCUCUGCAGAGGAGUCGAACGGUGACGGUGACGAUGGUGGGGUCGUCGAUGCGAGCGCAGAAAAGGAGGAGGAGCAUCCACUCCAACUGGUCAACUACGGACGCAUACCUUACUUUUUGCGCACUUGGACCGCACAAAGUCCACUUUGCGCACAAGUAAAAGCGGACGUCGAGACGAUGGGAGGUGCGACCACUCGCACUGUGCUUCCUGCCAGCUUCAAAGCGCUCGAUGUGGGCUGUGGCGGAGGGAUCGCCGCAGAGGUCGUAGCGCGCGCUGGAGCUCAGGUCACUGGAGUGGAUUUGAGCGCAGGAGCCAUUGCUUGCGCAAAGAGACGAGCCAAGGCGAGGGGCUUGAGCAUCGAGUAUGUCGUGGGCGACGCUUUGGAUCUGCCCGUGCCCUCGGAAACCUACGACGGUGUGCUCUGCUCAGACACGCUGGAGCAUCUCUUCGACUUGGACGCAGCACUAAAAGAGAUGGCUCGCGUGCUCAAACCAGGCGGCAUCCUCGUCCUCGACACCAUCAACCGGACCAGAGUGAGCUGGUACGCCCUUGUACUGAUAGCGCAAGACACGCUUGGCUAUCUUCCGCACGGAGCGCACGACUGGAGAUUAUUCAUUACGCCGGACGAGCUCAGCACUUCUCUCCAACGAGCAGGCCUGGAAGCGUGUCCAGAGUCGGCUGUGCGCGGCAUGAGGCCUGGUAUGCGCGCACCUCACAUCAUCUUGGCUCGCACUUGGCACUACGCCACCAGCAAACAAGGGUCAGCGAGCUUUCUAGACUGUUUCAUUGGACGGUGGACCGAGACGACCUUUACCGCUGGCAGCUACCUAGCCUGGGCUCGCAAGCCGUUGUAGACACGCUGCACUGCUAUGAGACGCGACCUCUGGAGAGAAGGCGCAAAUCAUUCAAUUGCUUGCGUACGUGUAUCCCUGGCAACUUCGUCAACGAUGCCGCGACUCAUUCACAGCGCACUCAUGAAGGACGCCCAAGCGAUAAAAGAUUCGUUAUGGAGAGAUAGGAGGGGAUGCGAGUGGGACGAGUGUGACGUGUAUGAGUCGAUACAAGCAAUGAUGUGGUGAUGUAUGAGAUUGGAGACAUGCU